AGAUGAGGAAGAUGUGUUUGGCAAGAGAUAAAUCAUCCAACAAUAACAACGUAUCGCUUUUUGGAUCUCCGUAACUAUUUCCUUCUGACUGUAAAUAAUUCAUUCUUGAAAGAAUAAACAAAAUUCAAGAACUUCACGGCUAAUUUAAUGUGGUAACUGGUGUGGCCGUGGUGGAUACAACUUAUUAUAUGAAUCACGUUUAAAACUAUAUGUAUAUAAAAGUAAUCGAGAUUACUGAUAAUUAGUGAGUGAUAUUCACUUUGUUCCGGGUGGAUCUUGCCGUGGGUAAAUCCAGAAGAUGGAUAUCAGUGUUUGUGCUUGGAUUGUUUGUUUGGCGUUUUCAACCGGCGUGGUUUCUUCCGAUGAUCAGCCGAAUGUUGUGUUUAUUGUUGCCGAUGAUCUGGGUUGGUAUGAUGUUGGGUUUCAUGGAGGAAAUCAGAUCCCGACCCCCAAUAUAGAUGCUUUAGCUUACAAUGGAAUCAUCUUGAAUAGUCACUAUGUCCAACCAGGCAGUACUUCAACGAGGGCAGCUCUUCUCACUGGAAAAUAUCCUUUCAGAUUAGGGUUGCAGGGAUCCUCUUUUUUACCAGCCGAUAGACGUUUCCUUCCAGAAGGAAAACUUAUGCCUGGUUACUUCAAGGAUUUGGGGUAUUCGACUCAUCUGGUUGGCAAAUGGCACAUGGGAUAUUCAAGAUGGAAUGAAACACCAACAUCUAGAGGAUUUGAUCAUCAUUUCGGAUAUUACAAUGGAUUCACAAGCUAUUUUGAUUACUUGACUACUUGGACCUUCGACAAUAAAGAAUACACAGGAUUUGAUUUACGUAAGGAUGGAGUGCCAGCCUUCGAAGAGGUUGGGAAAUACGCCACUGAUGCAUUCACCGAAUACACAGUGAAAACCAUAGAAGAACACGACAAUUCUAAACCAUUAUUCAUUAUGCUUGCCCAUCUUGCAGUACACGCUGGAAACGUUGGAAAACGCUUGGAGGCGCCACAAGAAACUAUAAACAAGUUCAAACAUGUUGAGGAUUCUAACAGAAGAACAUAUGCGGCAAUGGUAUCCAAAUUGGACGACAGUGUUGGCUCAAUUGUUGAAGCUUUGGAAACAAAAAAAAUUCUUCAGAACACCAUUAUCGUCUUCUUGAGCGAUAACGGCGCUCCAACAGUUGGCUCAGGAUUCCGGAACUGGGGCAGCAACUACCCACUUAGAGGAAUGAAAGGUACUUUAUUCGAAGGUGGGAUUCGAAGUGUUGCACUCAUUUACAGUCCUUUGCUGGUGCAACCUGGAAGGGUUUCCACUGAUCUCAUGCACGUGACUGAUUGGUUACCGACUCUCUAUUCAGCUGUGGGUGCAGACACGAGUGUUCUGGAUCCGGAUCUGGAUGGAAUAGAUCAGUGGUCUAGUUUGGUCUAUGACUUGCCUUCUGCUCGAAAUGAUAUCCUCAUUAACCUUGACGAGAAAACAAGGAAUGCAGCUCUCCGAUUUUACAACUGGAAAUUGAUUGUGGGUUCCAAUCAAAACGAAUCAUACAACGAUUAUUAUGGAGAUACUGUAACUGGUGAUAUCGAAGAACAACUUUACAAUUCCAGCGCUGUCUAUGAUAGUCCUGCCGGGACAACUAUACGAAAAAUCAAUUACGUUCCCUUGAUGGAAGUAGAAUACGAGGGUCUGAGGAAAGGAUCGACUGUAAAGUGUCUCGAUCCUAAAGCUCCGAAAAAUGCCUGUGAUCCUUCAAGUGGUGCCCUAUGUCUCUAUGAUAUUCCCAGUGACCCUUGUGAAGAGAAUGAUUUAGCCAAAUUCUUCCCCAGCGUUGUGAGACGCAUGAAAAGAGCUCUGGUGGAUUACAGGAAAACUCUUGUUGACCAGUUUGCUGAAGAAACUGAUAUCGAAAGCGCCAAUCCAAAAUUAUUUAAUCACGUUUGGAAUCCAUGGUUGGACUGUACAAAUUCAGACUGUUCAAUCCAGUGAGAAAUAACAUAUUCUGCUCAGUUCUACAAUAUCCUUACAAACAGGAUGGUCCUUACUAUGGUCGAUAUUUGCAUUGUGUGAUAUAUCGAAUGUUCCACAUCAGUGGUGCCAGUAUAUUCAUCUGUACUAGUUUUUAAUCUGUAUUUCCUGAUUUUAACGAUAGUAAUUAAAUUAAAUAAAAUUAAAUCAAACUAUUUA